AUGUCUGGGCUCAUUACAAUCACCACUCCCCUGCGAUCGUUCAAAGGCCAUGAAGAUUGCAUAACUGCAGUCGCAGUUUUCCCUGAUAGACGUCGGAUGGUUAUGAGCUCGCUCGACAAAACGCUUCGUCUGUGGGACUUGAAGACAGGUGUUGUGUUGAAGAAGAUGGAGGGGCAUCGCAAUUGGGUGAUCAAAUUGGCGGUAUCACGAGAUGGGCAAUUGAUAGCAAGCGGUGAUACCAAGGGAGAGGUCAUCGUCUGGCACGGAGAAACUGGCAAAUCACUCACCAAAAUCGCACACUCCUUUGGUGAGAUCUCCUCGCUGGAUUUUUCUCCCGAUGGAACAGUGCUGGCCACUGGUUCAUAUGACAAAAUGACGAAACUGUGGAAUACCAAAACCUGGCAGCUGCAAGGAAAUCCGAUCGAGUGUGGCUAUGUCCACUGCAUACGGUAUUCACCGUCUGGAGAACUUCUUGCCAUCGCAACAUAUGAGAAUAUUCAAAUUUACAAUUCAGGCACGAGGAAACACGUCACAUCAUUCAAGGCUCACAUAGGAGAUAACAUGUCACUCGUGUGGACGCCCGAUGGCACACGCCUUCUCACAGGCGGCAGUGAUAGCGAUCCUACUAUACGUGAAUGGGAUACAAAAACCUGGAAGCAGGUCGGUGAUCCUUGGACGGGCCACACUGACCACAUCCAAGCCAUUGCCAUUCAUCCUGCUGGCACACUCGUCGCAUCCGCAUCUAGUGACAACCAUGUUCGCCUCUUGCAGCUCUCAGAUCGACAAACCAUUGCCGUCUUCAAGCACUCAUUCGCCACGACAUGCGUCACUUUCUCCGUGGACGGCAAUCACAUCUUCAGUGGAGGUGACGAUAAGAUGAUCUCAGAGUGGACAACUAUUGCCACCACAACAGUCCGCGAUGCCUGCAUAGAUGGAGACUUAUCUACUGACGAAGAACUACUCAUGCAAGAUAUCAAUACCGAUGCGAACAACCAUACUCCCUGCAUCCUAGCCAUCAUGACCUCCCGUAUUGCAUGUCUAAAUGGAGACUUAUCUACCGCCAAAACACUACUCACUCAAGAUAUCAACACCAGUCCGAACGACCAUACUUCCUACGCCCAUCGGUCACUCGUCAUGGCGCGAAAAUGCGACUGGGACCGCGCCCUUCUGGACGCAAUCAAGUCCAUCGGGAUUCAGCCCUCUUUGACGGGCUAUAUCUCCGAGGGUAUUGCCCUCUGUGGAAAAGGCCGGGUCCUGGAUGCGAGGGCAGCAUUUGAUGUUGCAUCCAUGUACACGGACCAGGAUUCGGAAAUCCUUCAUUUUCUGCUAUUGAUCAAGGCCAUCGCGCUUUUUAAUGCAGAUCAACAUGACGAGGCAAACCUGCUCCUCACAAAGCUCGCUACCGGUUGUCCGAAUACCGAUACUCUCGCAUGUGAUAUCGUGCAAGCAUAUCUACACGUUCAACUCGGGAUCAAAGCCUUGAAUGGCGCACGCUAUGACGAAGCUGCCGACCAUUUCACUGCCGCUCUCGACUCUCGCGAUUCAUCAUCGAAAUCGAACAUCCAUGAAAUAUAUGAGGAUUUGGUGGUGCUCUUUGGCUGGGACCUGAAGUCGUUGUGGCGAAAUGCACACCAUAAACGGUGUGAUGCACUCCUUCGGGCGGGUAAACUUCAAGAUGCCGUGAAAUCAUACCAACACAUGAUGGCUUCAAGUGACGAAAUCACCAAUGCCGACUGCCUUGAUUGGUCCAACGGCGAGUCUAUAGCCAGUAAUGAAUGCAGCGCACUCUGCGCUGCCAAUGGAGAGGCUGCCUUCGCUGCAAGCGAUUACGACGAGGCUAUUGACCUAUACUCGAUGGCGAUCGACCUGGAUUCUGCAUCCUAUAUAUUCUUUGCAAAUCGCAGCGAGGCAAAGUUAUGUAAAAUGUUAUGGGAGGAUGCGCUACUCGACGCGCAAAAGGUCACCAAACUCAACCCUUCAUCUCAUGUUGGGUACCAGUUGUCACACUCAGCGCUGCGUGGCGCGCAACGUUAUGAUGAAGCCAUUGAGGCCUUCACAAUCAUGUUGUCCAAGUUAGACAAUGCUCCAGAAGUGCAGAUACGAGAUCUGCGUCGGCAGUACGUCCGUCCAUCGGAAGCAGAAGACGCUAUCCGAAGAGCGGUUUGGAUUGAACUCAGCAACGCCCCCCUUCGUCUGCUCAACACCUCCACGGGGAUUCUGUGCGACCGAGCAGCACAGCUGAACUCCUUCAAAACAAGUUCAGAGUACAAGGAGCUUUUGUCAUCCAUAACGAAGUAUUCGGAUCUGCAAAUGGAACGCACCAAGGAGGUGGUGGCGACGCACUUCCGUUGCGUUUUGCUAUCACACAGGUGGGAAGAGACGGAGGUGUUGCUGCACCACAUCCAAAAUAAAGAUGUGCGCGAGUUGAAGGGACUUGGUGGCAUCACGAAACUGCAGUCGUUCUGCAAAAUCGCUCGUGAUGCGGGGUAUCUCUGGGCGUGGAUGGAUACAUGCUGCAUCGAUAAGACCAACAACGCCGAGCUUGGAGAAUCGGUCCAAUCCAUGUUCGUCUGGUACCGUCACUCGGCGCUCACCAUCGUCUACCUAUCCGAUGUUCCUCCUUCAUCCCAGUCCGGCGCACUGGCGAGCAGUGUGUGGAACGAACGAGGAUGGACUUUUCAAGAAUUCGUCGCUCCGAAAGUCGUUAUAUUUUAUCAGAACGACUGGUCAUUAUAUCGAAACGAUCGCACUCCCAACCACAAAGAGUCCCCAGCAAUCAUGAAGGAGUUGGAGGAUGCGACGGGAAUAGAUGCACAGGCCCUGAUCUCCUUCAAUCCAGGGAUGAGAGACCCUAGACAGAAACUGCAAUGGGCAUCGAAGCGCGUCACCACUGUGCAGGAAGACACCGCGUACUCGUUAUUUGGUAUCUUCGACGUCCACCUACCUGUCAUCUAUGGGGAGAGGAAGCAGAGCGCGCUCGGCCGGCUCCUGCAGGAUCUCGUGUCUCGGUCGGGUGACAUCACUUGCCUGGACUGGGUCGGACAAUCGUCCGAGUUCAAUAGUUGCCUUCCAGCCGACAUCAUCUCAUAUGCAACCCCGCCAUACUCCCUACCAUCAUUGUCUGACGAUGAGAUUCAGACAGCGGUCUCUUCGUUGCGAAACAUUGUGCCUGUGGAUUCAGCUUCGAACUUGUAUAAUCUACUCAAGAACAUGAAUGCUCCCCUAUUUGCGAACUGCAGACUCCGUCUGCCUUGCAUCGCAUUCCCUGUCACGGAAGUCAAACGGAAGCGGGGCCGUACUGCCCAUUUCACGUAUGGAGUGAAAGCAGAUGGGCUGCGAGACUUGCUGAUCACCACGGACGAGACCCUAAUUCAAUUCUCGCGCACAAGGCCCACUCAGCAGACGUUCUUUCUUGUCCGUCCAUGGGACCGUCGUCUCCUUGGGCUGCCUGAUUUUUCAGAGCAGCCCACCUUUGCAGACGAAGUGGAGAGCGUAGGGGAUUGGUCCGAGUCCGAGUCUGGAUCAGACGACGCUGACGAGCGGUCCAGCAACUCACCUGGAGAAGAGAAGUUGUCAGUUGACUCGGAUGUUCACUCACGAUCAUUGCGUUUGAUGGUUCACCUUGGGCAGGCUUUCAGCGCACUUUUGGUAGCGCAGCAACACGUUGGAGAAUACAAGAGGGUCGCGUCGGACCAAUAUAUCAUUGCGCAGGUGAAAGAUCCGGCUUCGAUUAACAUUAUGAACAUCAGGACCCUAGACAUCUUGUAGCUGAAUGGUUUUUUACAACACGUUGACGAUCACAUUAUCAUAGCCUCAUAUAUCAUACAUACCCUGCAAAUGACCCUCGCAAAUACAAGAUCUCAAAAUUUGACAUGCAGAGGCACC